GGACGCCAGAAUGAGUCUUGCAAACGCUUGCCAACUGCCGUGCAGUCAAGGUUUGCUUUAAAUAUUUUUCCAAAAAAUAGUUUUAGAGCUUUAAAAUGGUGUCGAGUGCAAAAUUGAUCUUGGCUCUCACCGUCUUGGCCACCGUAGCCUGCACUGGGUACGCCAUUAAGUGCUAUCAGUGCGAUUCCUUGUCUAAAUCCGAGUGUGGAAAGGACAUAAAGUCAGAUAGUAGUCUCGUUUUGGAUUGCACCAAGAUGGCUCCUCCUCGAUUCCUCCAGAGCUUCUUCCCAGUUCGCAACGCCACCGGUUGCAUGAAGCAGACCAUCGACAUUCCGGGAAACCCCCAGAUCGUGAGGUCCUGCUACUUCGGCAACAUCGACGACACAAAGGUUGGAUGCCAGACGGAUCCUAGCCUGACGAUUAACAAGUUGCUGAGCUGCGAGGUUUGCACCAAGGACGAGUGCAACGGAUCCUCCUCCCUGGCCCCCAUCGCCGGAGUAAUCCUGCUCUUCUUUGGCUUGGCCCGUCUGCUGGCCUGAGCUAGGAAGGAGCAUGUUUUAGUACCGCAGUGCUAUCCCAACUAUAUCGAGUUCGCUUAUGGGAAGCCUUAGGGGCCUGCUUUAGUCACCUUUGAAUCUCUUGUAAUUGUUACACCCUUUUGAACUGUUUUUGCCCACAUUAAACGUCACUUUAUUUAUUUGAAAA